CGGCUGUCAACUCAGAUCGGAACGGAACUACAACUAACAGAUGGUUCCUAUAAAACCCGCCACAUUCCCCAUCAUCUCCCUGGUUUUCUCCGGUCAUCGUCCUCACGUCACUCAUUACACACACACAAACCACAAGAACAUCUUAACCACCGCGAGUUACCGAUCAAUCAACCACCACAGUCAGGAACCACCGCCGUUGAUCUCAUCUUCGUCGGCGCCUCAAUUGACAUCGUCAACAAGGGUGUUGAGAAGUAAGAGGAAGAUCAUGGAGAAUACGAUUGAUAACAGCUACAUUGUUGCCACUUUCUUCGUUUCCUUUUUAGGUUUUGUUGUUCUUUCGGUUCUAAGGCGCCGUAUCAGCUACUCAAUACCUUACUCUAAGAAGAAUGCUUCUGGUAAUAACAACAGUUUUAAGAAUCGGAGCGAUCUGACGCGUGGAGAGUUCCGUCACCGAUAUGGAGCUGCAGAUGCUGACGUCAUAAUCGUCGGAGCUGGUGUCGCCGGUGCCGCCCUUGCUCAUACCCUUGGCAAGGAAGGACGCAAAGUUGUAGUAAUUGAGAGAGAUUUAACAGAGCCAGACAGAAUUGUAGGUGAAUUGCUACAACCAGGGGGAUACCUUAAGCUAAUUGAACUAGAUCUCCAAGAUUGUGUGGAGGAAAUAGACGCUCAAAGAAUACAUGGAUAUGCACUUUUCAAAGAUGGAAAAAGCACUAAAUUAUCUUACCCCUUACAGAACUUUCAUUCAGACGUAUCUGGUCGAAGCUUUCACAAUGGACGCUUCAUACAAAAAAUGCGACACAAAUCUGCCACUCUCCCAAAUGUAAAACUGGAACAAGGCACAGUAACAUCUCUUCUUGAAGAUGAAGGAACCAUAAGAGGCAUUCAAUACAAAACCAAAUCCGGUGAAGUAAUCAAAGCAUUCGCACCUCUUACAAUCGUCUGUGAUGGCUGUUUCUCUAACUUGCGCCGAUCACUUUGCAAACCACAGGUUGAUGUUCCUUCUUGCUUUGUGGGUCUUGUUUUGGAGAAGUGUGAUCUUCCAUAUCCAAAUCAUGGCCACGUCAUCUUAGCAAACCCUUCCCCUAUCCUCUUGUAUCCAAUUAGCAAAACCGAAGUUCGUUGCUUAGUUGAUAUACCCGGUAAAAAGCUUCCUUCUCUUGCAAAUGGUGACAUGGCAAAAUACUUAAAUUCCAUUGUUGCCCCUCAGCUACCCGCUAAACUCCAUAACGCUUUUGUGAGUGCUGUUAACAAAGGGAACAUAAAAACAAUGCCAAACAGGACCAUGCCAGCUGUUCCCGUUCUUACACGUGGCGCACUGCUAAUGGGUGAUGCUUUCAACAUGCGUCAUCCGUUGACAGGUGGCGGGAUGACUGUCGCACUUUCUGAUAUUGUUGUGUUACGUGACCUUCUUAAAUCGUCACGUGAUUUUACCGAUGCUGAGUCACUUUCCAAAAACAUCGAAUCGUUCUACACCUUACGUAAGCCGGUGGCGUCUACGAUAAAUACGUUAGCGGGGGCUUUGUACAGGGUGUUUUGUGCUUCUUCAGAUGAAGCGAUGAAGGAAAUGAGGGAAGCUUGUUUUGAGUAUUUGAGUCUUGGAGGUGGAUGUGCAAGUGGGCCGGUCGGGUUACUUUCCGGGUUAAACCCGAGUCCGGUUGAGUUGGUCCUUCAUUUCUUUGGUGUAGCGGUAUAUGGGGUUUUUCGUCUUUUACUACCUCUACCCUCACCUAACAGGUUAUGGAUCGCAGCCCGGUUGAUUUUGAGUGCAUGUGGGAUUAUUUUUCCGAUUAUUAAAGCGGAAGGAGUGAGGCAAAUGUUUUUUCCGGCUAGUUUGCCGGCGUAUUACAGAGGUUCUCCAAAGAAGGGUUUAUAAUGACAUUUGGAGAGGAUAUUGAUUGAAGUCAAAUAUAGCUUAGAUAAGAAAUCAUGUUGUAGCAAUUGUAAAUAUUGAUUUGUGCGAGUAUUAAUUGUUUAGUUUGCAGUAACAGAUGUAGAUG